GACAAACUUAUUUAUGAUUAAAAGUGUUCUGUCGCAGUUUUAUUAUUUCAUUUUCGACUUGAUAUCAUAAUUGUGAAUUGUGAUAUUGUGAUUUUUAUUUGGCUUGAGGCUUGUAGCUUGUUCUUCCUUACCCUUACUCCCUUUGCAUUUGUAUGUAUAUUCCCUACCUCCUGGCAGUACUGCAAUUACAUUACCGUAGCGUCUGCUUGUGUGCGUGUGUAUAGAUUUCGCCCGCCCGAAAUUCUUCAUGUAGUGUUCGCAUGAAUAGUUCUUGGACCUAUUCCUUUGCUUCAAAUUGUUUAGAUAAAAAAUGACGAGAGAUACUGUUAGGUCUAGUUUGAGCUAUUUGGCGCAAGCUAUUUUCUGUCAAAGGUUUAAAUUUUUGUGAAACAAUGUCCAGGCAAAAUUCCAAUUUCGUCUCGAGGACCCAGUCGUUCGAAAGGUCUCGCCGGUUCAUUCAAUCUGUAUCUGAUAUAUAUGGAAAAGACGAAAUGGAAGAGUUACUUGACGAAAUCCGCCAUCUAGAACCUUGCAAUUUUCAGUCUGGGGACAUACAGGACUUUGAAAUCAAUGGAAGUCGUCACCUGCAAAACACAGGAGAAUCAACUAUAUCGGUGUCUGUUCAGUCCUGGGACUCUCACGCUAUGUAUCGUCACAGAACAGAUAACAUGAAAGCUCCAGUUGAGGUUAUCCAAUCUAUACUAGUUCAUUUCCGCCCUUCACAGUGCUUGGAGAAACUGGAGCUUUUCCGAUUGGCAUUUCUGACAUGUUGCAUUGGAAGUCUGACUUGUGUAUAUCUCAGUGAAUGGAUGUAUCUAUCAUCCUUCCUUGUCUUCAUAGUUUUAUUUUCAGCAUUAUGCACCAUUUGGCUACUUAUUGCUGACACUAUAGGAAUCAUAUACUUCUUGCCAAUACCAUGGCACAAGUUUAAUACUCUUCUCUUCCUAUGCAUAGCUGUGGCUCUUCUAACAGUCUCUUCCUUACUUAUUCAUCAUAUUAACCUACCUUCUAUGCUGGAUGAAACCCUUACAGAAGAUAGCCUAUAUUUUCUUCACAUAGCUGGAAUACUCAGCCUGUUGGCCUCGCUCCUAGCCCUCAUUCAAAGCCUCCUAACGUCUUUUGGUCGACCUUAUCCCAUAUGGUGUUCUGCUUAUAAAAAUGAACCAGGCUGCCCUAGCCCUGUGUCUCCACCAGCAUCAUUGCCAGAAUCCCCUACAACUCGUCCAGUCAUGGCGACGAUGGCUGCUCUGGCUGGCAUGUCCUCCGCAGUCGUGGCUACCGCACCUCGACUAGGGAACCGUAACCGUAGUGCUUUGCAUGAUCGAGAGCAAGUACCUCUUCGAUCAGUCAGAAACUCCGUCAGCUGGGACGAUGGAGUGAAACCAAGCAGCUCUCGGUUAAAGCAACUUAACGAGUACCCUCCGUUGCUAAAUGAAACAUGAAAAACAAACAGCGCUUCAAAUUUGUCAAUGGUUAGAAUUUAUGUCCGAAUGACAGUGAAGUUGCAGAGGAAAUUAACUGAAUGUUCAACGAUGGCCCGAAGGUGAAAUUUUGUUGUCAAAUAAUUGUAAGCAUUCCUCUUAGAAUGGACCGCGAUUUCUCAGUUUUAAAUCUAGUUUUAAAAAAGUUGCACAUCUCCAGGUUUAAACCAGUUAAUGAUCUAUUUGAAUUGAUUCGUCUUGGACCUUUGACACAAUGAAUGUCCGUUGAAUUGAGUGAAUUGAACGGGCAUUCUUUCUAAUAUUUGGUUUAGAAGUGCCAUAAGUUCGUUUCGAAAAUAAUGUAUCUUAGUCUCAGUCUUAGUUUUUGGCUUUGUUCUGUAGCCCCAAAGUAUUGGCAUCGGUAUGUAUGGAGUAUGUUAUUAAUUUUAUAUUGAUUAGCGUAACUUAACUUAAUGUGAGUGGCGACCAUUUAGCUUCUUUUGUUUUCAUCAUAAAAAGAAAACAGUUGAAUGGAACUAGUCUUGUAAUGCUGUAUAAGUAUACCUUCGUCUAUUACUGCCUGAUAUAGCUCUCUCUUAGAUAAUAAUUUAAUCGAAAUUAGGUUCGCGUAUGCGGUUCUUCCAGAUUUGUAUUAACCCAAUGGUCGAAUUUUCCUAUUGGGCACUACAUAUAAUGUUACACCACCAGAGGACCUCCAACAAUGUUUGGUACGAACUGUAAAGAUAUUGUGUAUUCGUAGUGUUAAUAUACAUUUGAAGCACAA